AUGGAGCAAGGGCUGGCUGCAUCUGUGCUUUUGCCUGGAGCUCCCCAGGCGGAUCUGGAAGAGGAAAUAUGCCACGACUUGACCGAGUCACAGGAAUUCGGGGACGCGAGUGAACACGCUCCCCAGGCGGAUCUGGAAGAGGAAACAUGCCACGACUUGACCGAGUCACAGGAAUUCGGGGACGCGAGUGAACACGCUCCCCAGGCGGAUCUGGAAGAGGAAAUAUGCCACGACUUGACCGAGGAAUUCUGGGAUGCAAGUGAACACGCUCCCUGGGAGAAUCUGGAAGAGGCAACAUUCCACGACUUGACUGAGGAAUUCUGGGACGCAAGUGAACACGCUCCCCAGGCGGAUCUGGAAGAGGCAACAUGCCACGACUUGACUGAGGAAUUCUGGGACGCAAGUGAACACG